AUGGUCAAGCGUGCGAGAGUCGAGCGCGAGCCCGGCGGCAGCCUGUCCCCCUCGAGCCCCCCCCGGACGACGACGUGCCUCUGCCGCCCGACGACGCCGACGCGCCCCGUCCAGAUCCCUCAGCACGGCAACCGCGAGACGGCCCAUGGAUGGAAGCGGCAGACGACCAGCAGACGGAAGCACGCCCGGCACCCCCGCUCGCCCGACUCCUUGUCGCCCUCCCUCGCCGCCCUGCUCGCCGUCACCGACAUCCCGCGCCAGACGCGCCGCAGGGCCGACUGCCACGUCCGUGACGUGCCCGUCCGUCUCGUCUCCGAGUCGGAGAAGGAUCUGAGCCCGACGCCCAUGGACGUGCUCCUAUCGCCCCCCGACGACGACGACGACGACGAUCACGACGACGACGACGACGAAGACGCCGAGGCCGACGACGGCACCGGUGCGAGCGAGGGACGUGCCGAAUCCGUCCUCGUGAGGACCACGUCGGCCGACUCGGUCCCCUCCCUCGGCGGCUCCGUCGCCACCGACUCGCCCUCCUCCUCGUCGGUCGCGACGCCCGACAGCCGCUGCUCGGACCGGAGACGACGGCGCAGCCCCGUGCGGAAGCACGUGGAGCCCGUGCGAGCCCCGACCGACGCCGCCGUCGAACACCCGCUCGCCGCCGACGCCGCCGCCUUGGACGAGCUCGUCGCCAUCCUCCCCCGCGAGCGGCCCGACGAGGGCGACGACGACGACGAGGAGGCGGGCCGGCUGCAGUUCCUCGAGUCCUUCAAGCCGCUGCGCUCCGUCUUCAAGUCCAACCUCACGGCCUCCUUUCGCGCCCUGCGGUCGGCCGCAAAGUCCUUCUCGAGCUUCCACUUUCCCUCGAUGCCGCCCGACGACCUGAUGACGCGCUCCAUGCUCACCAUCGACCCCAACGUGCCCUACGCCGACGAGCGCAGGCCGCCCGUCUCGGAGGAGAUGCCGUCGCCGGAGCUGCGACGCUACCUCAACCCGACGACGGCGAGCCUCUUCGACGCCCAGCCGAAGCCCCCGCGCUUCUACGCGGCCUCGAUCCAGAUGCAGACCUACAAGGUGCAGCGCUCCCGCUUCCCCCACACGAGCGCCUACCCGUCCGUUUCGCCCCAGUCGCCUUCCAGCGCCGCCGCCGCCGCCGCCGAGCCGCCGACGCGGCCGGGAAGCUCGCAGCCCGUCCCGGGCAUGCGUCAGCGCGAGGUGCGCGAGAACUCCGACUUUAUCCGCAUCGCCGUCCUCGAGAUGACGAUGCGCCGACGGGGCAAGCUCGACAACCAGCGACCGGGCCGAGCGCGCUGGACGCUGCCCCCGAGACGCCCGCCGACGACGCCGUACGAGAUCCGGCCCAACGGCAUCCCCGCACGAUGGACCUCGGUCAGCUACUGA